CUUCCUUUCGUUUAACUUGCUCUUAUGCUCUGUCCAAACUCAAGUUCACAGCCACAUUGCUCGCUCUGCAUUGCUGCUGCUCUGUUCUCUCCGCUGGCUCUCGGGCGGCUGCAGCAGGAGCAGCUGCUUCAGCAGCAGCUGAAGUCUCAGCUUGCUGCUAACCUGAUCAGCUCAGGAUACAGCUUCUAUGUGACAUCACGGCCAGAUGUUUGGCAAAGCCACACCCCUAUGAGGGUCUGAAGCAAUCCAAGGAGUAAUAACGGACCAGCUCAGUCCUGCCGUCAGAAUGCACCCGGGAGACUGGAGGAACUGCAGGCUUGUUAUUGUGGACAACCUUCAUUAAUUUUGUUUCAGACAAAAAGCUGUUCCGGACGGGGUUUGUUUUGCUUGGUGUUUUCCCUGGAUGCCUUUCCUAUUCAGAAGGAGAGAAACUGGGUGUGACCCAUACAAAGAAAGUACUUUUCAGGGAGCUGUGGAGCCAGCUAUCUCAUUUUCUACAAAAAGGAACUCUCCGGGAGUGUGUAUGUGGGUUUCUUGAAGGUUAACACAAAAGGAAAAAUUGCAGUUGAUUUAUACACCUCAGGAGGCGUGAAAAAUGGCAACAGCCGCCUACUUUGCUGCCGAGUGCCUUGUCUCCAUGUCCAGCCGUGCUGUAAUCCACAGCCCCGUGAGGGAACCGGCCCCUCAGCCGGUUGGGAGAGCUGCCCCCCGCAUCAUCUCAAACAGAGCUGAGAAACCCGAAGUGAAAGAGGUUGGGAGAGACAAUGGAGGUGGGUCCUCAGUGUAUGCUGUGGCCAGCAUUUUAGCUGACCUAAACCAGCAUGUUCCACCAAAGCUUUCCCCGCCUCAGGGGGAGAAUCUUGAGAGCGUUGACAGAGGGGGGGCUUCUCUUUCCCACAAAGAGUUUGGGGAAGAAAGUGUCUUGCUGGCCGGCAAACGUGGAGGAGGCAGAGCAACCACACCUACCAGCUUGGGGGCACCGAGUCAGCCAAGCCCCAGGCAAAGAAGCAGGCGAGGAAGAUGUCGGACUGAGCCUGAAUUACCUCAGAAGAAGCAUAAAUGCCACUAUGCGGGAUGCGAAAAGGUUUACGGCAAGUCGUCCCAUCUGAAGGCUCACCUAAGGACCCACACAGGUAAGUGACUGGCUGGUCUAUUUCCAAUAGCUUUGUUGGGAGGAGAGGGAAGAGAAAUUGGCUGAUGUUCAGGCUCCCAGGACUGAAGUCUGGGACAAGUUAAUGAGAAAAACGGUAAACCUAAAAACUUACAGUGCAGCUCUUGUUGCUUCUGUAACAGGUAGUUCAGCCAAGCCUGUCCUUAAUGAACACAGAAGUGUAACUGUGACCUGCUGCCCUCCUUUCUUCACUAUCUCUGCUCCCUCCUGCUCCCUCCUUAACCCAUGCCCUAUUUCCAGGCAUUGUUUCAGUUUCCUCCACUUAUAGCCAGCAGAACAGCCCCUUCUAGGAAAAGGAGCAUGUGGGUGUUGUUGCUAUUUGGUUGUUUGUUUUGCAGUGAUGUGGAGACGUGGGGUAUUUUGGUGCUCUCUAUAUUGUAAGUACUGUCUUUCGGUACUGUCUACAUUUCUAUGGUUUCUGUGCAGCGAACCUUCUGGUAUCGCAAGCUAUACUGAGACCCAAUCUGUUAAAAGGUGGCCUAGAAAUUAAAAGAAUGAAAAGGAGAGAGGGACACAUUGAUCAGAAUCCAUAACGGGGCACCCAAGAGCAACCAACACAGAGAGUAGAGUGGUUAGUGCUUAAAGCAAAGUGUACCUUGGUGUUUCACAGAACAAAAACUGUCAAUAAUAGUCUCAAAAAUAUAGUCACCUCUUUUCUUCUACAAAUUUUCACAAGGAGGGGGAAAAUCAUCUUGGCAAUACAUUGGCCACAAUGAGUAAAACUUUAAUGCUACAAAGAAUUAUGUGCCUGGCCUCCUUUUCAACACCAACCAUGGCUGGGGCUUAUUGUUUCCACUUUUGCUCUUAUCAAGGGAGCCGCACGUCAGAGUGCAAGGAAGUCAAUGGCAACAGCCAGCCAUUUCUGGGUCCCCCACCUGCUCUCCUUAUUUAAGAGUUGGCACUGCUUUUCAGUUCAUAUGACCAGUGGCUGCUGGUUACACACUUGUAGUUGUGCGGGUUAAUGAUUUUGCAGAAUACAAUGACGACCCAAGGCAGUUUGGUGCCUCCCACAACAUGGAGCACAACCCACCAGGAAGUUCUUCCAUGAAAGACCCUUCAAAAUGGUCAGGAACUGUGCAAGCACAGCCAUGGCCUGCCAUAGGAACUCCCUUUAAUUUCAAGCGGCUGGGAGAACUUCCUGGUGGGUUAUACUCCAUGGGCUGGAUCUGCCCGCCUCUCAUUCUGCCACCUGUAACCACACCCAAGCUGCAGCUGGAGGCGAGGUGAGCUGCUGCCUCACUGUUGAGCUGCUUCUGACGCGCCCUUCCUCCCAUUUUGUAGUAACCUCUGGAAUAACCAACAAACCAGGGCUUUGCUUGGUAAAGGCAUUAAAAACAUGCUUUCCAAAGAACAAGUAACACCACCCUCCAUACUCCUCUAAAAGCAACAGGGCACCUCAGUCCUAAAUGCUUGCUUUAGAAUUAAGUCCCCUUUAUUUGAAAGGGUAUUUCUUCCAAGUUUGCAUCCUUUGAGUUGCCUCUCCUGACACCCUCCCUUACGGGAGCUUUCAUGUUUAAUGAAUAAUAGCUAUCCUCUCUGUUGCUACUCAAAGUUGGCAAAUUGUAGAUGAAUCACGCCACACUCUGCUCUUGCCCAAACUUUUCCUUCGCUUCCUUUAAACAUGGAGACAAAGGGAUUCUAAGCUUGUAAACUGACUGGAAACCGAAGCAGAGGAUGCUGCUGGGAAAACUCCUCUCUUUGAUACGGAGAAGGAGGGCUUGGCAGCUCACGCCUCUGGGGAGAGGGAGGGGAGGAAAGAGCUAGUAGACGUCAUUCAGGAAUGGGCUGGGGAAGUACGAGUCAUAUAGGGACACUGGCUUGCCGCCCUGCUCUCCUUUGUUGUUCUUACUAUUAAAAAAGAAGCUCGCCUCAUUCACUUGUUUCCUUCUGCAAUGCAGGAUUUAGUUGUGCUGUUUGUGUUGCUAGAGCGAGGUGGGAAACAGAGGUGGCAGCGACAGGGCUUGGUUGUAGGAUUGGCUGAAUCCCGAAGGCUUUCAAGCUUCUUUGUUUAACCAUUUCCUACUAAGCCAGACUCCAGAGACAAGAGGAAAACAGGCCUUCCCAAAUUCCCCUUCUUGGCAAGGAGUGGGUCCCUCUUUGAAAACAGUUUGAGGGGGCUAAUAUUCUGUCAGUCCACCCUUCAUAAUAACAAAGCAUUUUGCAGUGGCGCUCAAGGACCAGCUCACAUUAAUUCUAUGCGUGAACAGCUACAAGUCACCUCCCCUUCUGGGCUUUUUUCAUGAGCAGAGAUGUUUCCAAUCAAAUAUUAUUGACAUGGACAGCAGCCUGACAGGUAGAGAAGUGUAUACCAGGUAAAAUCCUCUCUCCCCUCCCCCAGUGUCCAUUUCAUUCAGCUUCAUCCCCAAAGCCCAUGGGGAUGCCUGCACGUAGGACAUGAGAGAAACAUCAGCUGGUAUUGGGAAGAAUGCUGCCUCCAAACAUAAGGAAGAGCAUAGCCAUUGGGGCCAGUAGUCACAAACAGACACCCUCCCUGAAUUUGCCCCAUUCUCUUUUAAAGCCAUCCCUCUUGGCGAUCAUCAUUGCUUCCUGCUGCAAAUUCCAUAGUUUAACUAUCUGCUGCAUGAAGAAUUUCCUUUUAUCUUUCCUGAAUCUUCCAACAUUCAGCUUCAUUGGAUGUCCAUGAGUUUGUGUGUUACGAGAGAGGGAGAUAACUUCUCUCUCUCUCUCCACUUUCUCCCUACCAUGCAUAAUUUUAUAAGCCACUGCCAUGUCUCCUCUUCCUUGUCUUUUCUCUGUAACAGGGGUCGGCAAGGUUUACCUUGCCUGGGCUGGUUCACUCCAGUGGAGAUUCCUCCGUGGGCUGGGUCGUGUGUGCGCAUGAGUGCGCGUGCCCGCAAUUUCCGGCAUCUGCAUCUGCACAGACGCAAUUUCCAGAAUCUGCACAUGCGCAGACGUGAUUUCUGGCGCUGCAGAAGCAAGUCCCUGUGCUGCACUGUGCCGGUUUAGUGCAGCACUCGGGGACUCACCAAGCGGGUGGCUCGGUUCAGGGGCAGCUGGUGGGCCGGUUAAAUGACACCUGUGGGCUGCUUGUGGCCCAUGGGCCUUAGGUUGCCGACCCCUGCUCUAUACUAAGAGUGCUUCUUUGGUCAUAGAAGAGUUGCUCCAUCCCCUUGAUCAUUUGGUUGGUAAAGGUAAAGGUAAAGGACCCCUGGACAGUUACCGUAAGUCCAGUCAAAGGCAAGUAUGAGGUGCAGUGCUCAUCUCUGCUCUCCACAGACAGCUUUCCAGAUCAUGUGGCCAGCAGGACUAGACUGCUUCUGGUGCAACGGAGCACCGAGACAGAAACCAGAGCGCACAGAAACACUGUUUACCUUCCCGCCACAGCAGUACCUAUUUAUCUGCUUGCACUGGCAUGCUUUUGAACUGCUAGGUUGGCAGGAAUUGGAACAGAGCAAUGGGAGCUCACCCUGUCAUGUGGAUUUGAACUGCCAGCCUUCCGAUCAGCCAGCCCAAGAGGCCCAGUGGUUUAGACCACAGCACCACCCAUUCCCCAAGGUGGGAGGUCUUGCUCCAUUUCCAAAAAGUGGCUAAGUUUUGUUGAAGGGCCCUCUGUACUGAAAGGUAGUUUUGGGAUAGAGAGGCAGCGAAUGAAAAGUUUGCAAAAGGGCUGCACUAGAUGCACACCUAUUUCAAUUUUGGGGAUGAAAGCAGAAUCAUGACAAAUGUAAAAACCUACAACACAGAAUGUAUUUUCUAUCAAAUAAGCCAUCCCAAUUGUUAUAAAACUACACAGAAAUUUUCUCCCAGUUCAAACACCCUCCUCCUUCAAUGUCCUCAGCCAUUUUGGAAUCAUAUUGUGAAUAGGAUCACAUUGUGAGGCUCAUGAAUCGGAUUUGGACUUUAAGUGCUGACAUUGCUGAGGGCAAACAAAGCUUGUUUAAAGUGAAUUCUGCUUCCAGGACUGUCCACAUACAUGAUACUAGGAAAUGGAUGUGAAUCAGGUAAAUGAGAACAAAGGAAGUCUAUCUAGAGUAACACUUCACAAAUAGUAGGUGUGACCUUUCAACACUGACAAGAUGUUUGUGAAAAUCACCCCUCCCUUUUUAUAUUCAUCCUACUUUACACAUUAUAGCUACCUGAAAGAGGUCAGCUAAAUUGUGGGACAGCUCCCCAUGUGGAUCAGGCUGUUUUAUCACCACAUUUCAUCAAAAAAAUGUUUCAGGCAAAGUGGAAAGCAAUUCAAAAUACACAGCAAUUGAUCUGUUUCAUGUGGAUGGUUCAGCAUGCAGGAAUAGCUGCCACAAGGAGCGAACUAAAGCGAACAUAAUGUUACAUAACGUUAAUGUGUGAGCUAGCAAAGCAAGAUCUGUUUUGUCAAUAUCCAGCAGAAUUUCCCAAGCAUUCCUCUCACCCUGGUCCAGAAAAAGGGGCCAUAUGUCUUCAGUUAUAUGUCUUCACGUUGCUUGCAGUUGCGCGCCAUCAUGGGACUUGAAGUCUAAUCCUACUGUGUAUGGUUAUGCCAUGCUUUCUAAAUCGAUGGACUGCUUUUAUAUCCCACCUUUGUCUCUCGGGAGCCCAAGGAGGCUCACAUGGUUCUCCCCUCCUCAUUUAAUCUCCACAACAACCCUGUGAGGUAGAUUUGGCUGAGAGGCAAGAGUGACUGGCUCAAGGCUUCAUGACCAAGUGCAGAUUUCAAUCUGGUCUUCAGGGGCCUAGUCUGACACUCUAACUACUGCACUACACUGUCUCUAAUGUAUGAAUUAGUGAAUGAGCAAGAUUGCGAAGUAAUCUUUCAAUGCCAGCUUAAGGUAUAUUUGAUCAUUCAGGCCUUUGGAAGAUAACGGAGAGUGGAAAGCCAUAUGUGACUAUCAGGGCUAUUGCUGAAAUACUGGAAAUAUUUUGCUGCCCAUAAAUAUUCUCAGUGUCCCCCCCCACCCCAAUUUUUAGGAAUUGUAUUUUUUAUUGUGUGUUGUAUUUUACAGAAUUAGUCAUGCAAGCUACCCUGGGGCAGCUUGGAAAAUGAAAUAAAUAAAUAAUCAAGAUCUAAAAAAAGAUUCAAAAGCUAUUUGUUCAAAAGAGAAGGAAUGACAGCAUGAACAGGACCCAGGUAGAUUCUAGCUGAAAUUCUGCUUUGAUGCUUCCACUUUUUGGCGGCUCCCCGAAACAUGCUUGGAUUUGGAUUUCAUAGGGCUCCGGAAAAACAGGCAAUCAUUCAUACUGAGAACUUGAUCUUCAGGAGAGAAGGAAAAUAGUUCACAUUAUGACUGGUGAGAUGGAGCUAAUUUUCUAUUUCUCCAUCUAACAUUUAGCUCAAUACUUCUUACUGUUGGGUUUUUUUUAAAAAAAAUUUUAAAUUUAGCACCAUGUGUCCAGGCUGCCCUACCCACACGCCAUAAUUUGCCUCCCUAAAAUGGUAGGAUGGCAGACCCUGAUGAUCAACCCAAAACUUCAGCUGUUUUUGCCAACUUGGAUUCAGCAUUUGUUGUUUGCGCUGAGGACCUUGGCUCCAAACCACUGCAAAUUUCUGCCUCAAUAAUAUCUACCCCCCGGUGUGUCUCAGUUCCUGCAGGAACAAAGUUGUGAUGGAACAGGGUCACUUACACACCUUGCAAGACCGGAAUAGCUUGUUCAGCAUUUUAUACGCCAGGUGAAAGUUAAGAGGAGCCCUUCAGGCAAAAAGCAGAGGAUCACCUAAUGAUUGAUUACACUCAGACAGAGACAUACGGGACACCUUGUACUUGUUAGAUGUGUGUGUCUCUUUUGUCUUUUUCCUUUGGGCUGCUGUGCUCAUAAAUAGUAGUUUUCCCACUGCAAGUUGAUAAAGAAAUCUAAACUCGCAUGCCGGAAGGGAAAAGAAGAGUGCUGGAGUGAGUGGAAAACUGGGGCUGGGGUGGGUUUGUGCUGCCUUUCUCUGCGAUCACAGAAAAAGAAUAAUAGAGCAUGGCACCAAGCGUGGAAUUCAGUUCACUGAGUAGUCCAACUUCAAUUUAAGAAGGGCCAAGUUUCUAGCCCAUAUACUGAUGAAAUAGAAGUGUAAGAGAAGAAGAACAAGUAGACCUGAAAUGCCUGCUCUACCUCCUCAAAAGUAGAGGAGUGGGGCUCUGUGUUGCUCUCCAACUCCUUCUCAGGACUAGAAUCAAAGAAUUCUUAUACAUCUGCUUAUCUUGCAUAAUCUACGCAGGUUACAGAUACCAUCUUUUUAUAGCACAGAAUUUAGACUGACAGGGCAGAGCACCCUCAGCCCCAGCAUGGAAUUCACAAAGCCUUCAAUAUGAGUAGCUUCUGAUGUCCCUUAGAUCCCACAGCAGCAGGAACUGGGACCUGUUUUGCCAGCCAAAUGAGUGUGUGCUGCCCAUGUGUUCAUAAGCACAAGUUGUUCAUCAUACUUUAACCAUAGUUUACAUUUUCAGGAGUGUACUUAAAAAUCAUUUGUAUAGCUAAAAAAAUAUGGCAUCACGGUACUGGGGGAACUUGAAAUACUUAUUAUAGUUAAUAGAUUUUUUAAGAUACCAUUUACAAAACAGUCUCAAGAUGAGUUACAAGCUACUGUAUAUAAAAAAUACUAAAAUUUAAAAACACUAACACUAACAGACUAUCUUUGACCCCCUGCAAUACUGAAACCCCAUCCUCCCAACCCUCAGCCUGACUCACUUCACAGAGUUGUUGCCAAUAUAAAAAUUACAAUGAAUGCAAAAAUUGGUGGCUGGUGGGGUUGCCUGAGCUUCCUUCCACAAGGCUGACUACAGGAACUAUUGGAAGAGCAACCAUGAUGUUUAGAGAUCACAGUCUGGUGGUGCUUUUAAAUAUAGAAUCAAAUUAUAGCCUUGCAGUCCUGCAGCAUUUUUAUCCUACUGAAGCUCUAGAAAGAACCUAUUACUGUAUUUUUGGGUCUAGGGUAAGCCCCUGGCCCCAUUCUGAGUUUUAGACAAUUAGAGGUGGUAAGGAGGAUGGGCAAUGAGAAAGAGGCCAAGAGGUUUCUGUACCACUCCCAGUACGUUGGGGAUAACAUCUGAAUAACAUUUAGUCACCAACAGCAUUGAGAUGCAGCACCUGACGUGCAGCAUCCGUUCAUAUUUGACAGAAUCUGACAGCUGAUUUGCAGCAGCAUUGAAUAAAAUAUCUGCUGAUUUUCUCCAUUUAAUCAAUUCAUCACUCAGCCAGAAAAUGCUCCAUUGGAGCUGCAGGGAAGGGCAUCAAAACCAGUCAGAAAUCACAUGCUGACAUCAAUGAAAUGUGAAUAGCAAAUAUGAUGGGAAAAUUUUCAGUUUAUAAAACAGAACUCCAACUAGAACAUGUGCCAGAGAUUGAACUAGUUUUGAAAUUUUGUAUCAGCCACAGCUCUGUACCUCACCAACAGGGAAACAGCCUCCCCCCUGCAAUGUCAGAGGGGCUGAGCCUGGCUCUCAACCCGAGAAGCAGUUACCACACAGCACUUAAUGCCACAAGAUUCCUGUGCAUGUAGCCUUACUUAAUAAACAAACAGGAAAGCAGCAUCCCAUCUACCUUUGCCAUCUAGGACAUGUGAACAGCAUAUCUUGUCAUUGUCCCUGGAGAGCCAUUUUUGCAAAAAAGGCAGAAAGGCAGAAAUAUCCUACUAGCAUGGAAAUACCAUCGACCAUGACAAAACAUUCUUAACAACAGAUAAGUUGGUUUCCUUUUUUACUUGCUGAAGGCCUGUGUUAGAUUCAAAACAUUUGCCCCCUCUGCUGGGACAAUCAGCCUCUGAGUAGGUGCUGUGUGCCCUUCCAACAUUUCCCAGAAACAAGAGCUUUCUCUUCAGGGAGGGGAGUAUCAAACCCUCCCAAAUUUCCUCUCCUUUUUUGCAAAUUUAGUACAGUACUGAUCUAAACCAAAACAAGCGUCACAUGGUAGCACAGGAGAUAUCUGUCUAGAUUUCCCCAGAAUUUUCCUCUUGGUGUCUUAUCCCCAAAGCCCUUAAGGCAAUGAUAAAAAUAAAUAAUUAAGCUUGCGUGGAGGGGCGGACAGCUUCCCUGGAAGGAGUUCUCCAAUUCCUCUUCAGUUUGCUUUCCAUGGGAGCCCAUGAUUCCUUACAAUUGACAAAAGUCCUGAUAAUUUCUGUAGGUCAAGGGAAAGGAGUGCAUUCUAAAUGCAAAAGAAGUGAAAUUUGAUUCCAGUCAGAGCAAUGAAAGAAAGGCACCAAAGCCACCUGGAAUCAAGGCCAUUAUACCGUUCAAUGAGAAAGAGAAAGCCCACUCCACUGGGAAGUCUGCCAGUGGGAGCCCCAGCGAUAUUAACAAGAGCUGUGCAAGUAAACUGUGCUAUGACUGUCAUUGUAAGGCGUCCACAAUUGCCCUUUCCAGUGGUUAAUUCACACGUAAGAGGGUACCUUUGGAUGUUCUGUCUCAAGCACCACAGAGUCUUGGUCUAGCUCUGAGGGGAAGAAAAUGCUUUGUCUUUGCAGGGAGGGGAAAACUUCUCUGUUGAUGGUUUUAAUUUUCUUCCUCAAUUCCCAUUCAUACACUACCACAUCCUCCUCAAGCCCCCGUUGCUUUUUUAAAUAGGGAAUGGGAUGACCCAGCUCUUUGGGUUUGGAUAUGGUGAUGCUGAUAAAUGUCUGCUCACAGGAAAGGGUUCAUCCUUUUACACAUAGAAAAGCUGACAUUCCUUAACCCAAGCAAGAUAUUUUGUCUUGAAUAGCUGGGGGAAGAUUGAGAGAUGCUGUGUUUCCUUCCAUCUAAUGCAUUCCUGCUGUGUGUUUGCAGACAUGCUUUUCUGUACUGGGGCACAUUCAGCAAACAUAGUUGCAGCCUCGUGUGUGAACCAAGCAAAGGCAGUGUUGGAUGAUACCCAAUGACUGAGGUUAUUGGGAAAGGAACCAGACUCUAUAGCAGUAAGAGGAUCACUCUGCCCAGGUUUGCAACUCCGUGACAGGGAGCUGCAGCCCGUCCUGUGUAGCAUACCUGUGAGGGAAGGGGAAGAAAUUUGAUUCAGUUUACAUUUAAAAGCAAUUUGUACUUCCCAAAACAAAACCUAGACAAAAACGCAGCCACCCUUCAUAAUUCGCAUUUAUCUGAAUUUUGCAAUGCUUUUCUCCAACCAAGAAAAUUGUCCAGAAAUGCAUUGGCUUGGGUAAAAAUGCACAUAUUAGUGAAAAUAGCACACCCAAAAAAGUGUUAGGCCCUGCUUUGCAAAAAUGUGUAUACUGGGCAAAAUAGCAUACAAGCAUGUGUCUAUUAGGAUCAAUUCACAAUAAAAUGCUGAUGAAUUUUUGUGAGGACUCUAAAUAAAUAAAGUAAAUUCUAUAGCUAAUGGGGAACUAUAAGGAACUGAAUUUAAGACUGGAAAAUAAUAAUAAUAAUAAUUUUUUAUUUAUACCCCACCCAUCUGGCUGAGUUUCCCCAGCCACUCUGGGCGGCUUCCAAUCAAGUGUUAAAAACAAUACAGCAUUAAAUAUUAAAAACUUCCCUAAACAGGGCUGCCUUCAGAUGUCUUUUAAAGAGAAGAUAGCUGCUUAUUUCCUUCACAUCUGAAGGGAGGGAGUUCCACAGGGCAGGUGCCACUACCGAGAAGUCCCUCAGUCUGGUUCCCUGUAACCUCACUUCUCGCAAUGAGGGAACCACCAGAAGGCCCUCGGCGCUGGAUCUCAGUGUCCAGGCUGAACAAUGGGGGUGGAAAUGAGAAAUUGAGAGAAAACUAAAUCCCUAUGUGUACACUUGUAAUAUCUAAAGUGUAUACCAAGUAAUAUGAGAAGAGGUCCUUGGCUUACCAUCCAUAAUCUGAUCUGGGAAGUUUAAAGUAGAAUCUCUACACCAUUUCACAUGUUAGACAGCAAAACACCUAGCUGUUGCCAUCAAGAGUAUUCAACAGGGAGCGACAACCAAUUUGAGAGCACCUGUACAAUACAAAUGCUUCCAACCUUCCACCCAGUUUGCCAUAUUGACACUUUACAUUUUUAGGUGUGUGCUUAUUUUUAAAGGUGUAGAAUUAAAUAAUCUCAGGUGUACAUCUGAAAAGGUAAUGCAUGAAGAAGUCUUUCUUAUUGGAAUCUAGACUCUCAGUUUGAAGGUCCAGGGUGGUCUCUUGUUUUAUAGCUCUCGUUUUAAUAAAUUGGCCUUUGGACAAAAGAAUAAGUGGUGGAGGAUUUUCUGUCUCUGGCGUCUAUUUAUCCAACACCCACAAUUCCCCCUUCCAAACUCUUCUAGAUAAUGAGUCAAAUGGCAUCAUAUCAGUUCCUUGGCAACAUUAGCUAGAGAUAAUGACAAGGGAGCGCCAAGUGACUAAUUAGCCCCGUUAACAUAUCAAGCUCACAAUCGAGACAGUAGGCUUUGUUUUCCACUUUCCGACAGAAAAUUAAGAGGGCAAAAUGUAUUAGACAUUUAAUUUUUUUUAAAAAAGAACAACAUAAAUUCACCAAAAGGAGAAGACAAACUGAUUUAACAAGGUUAGCCUAACCCUCUGACUCAAGUGAUCUGUUGCAGAUAACUGCAGUUGUGACUCAGAAAUGUCUCUCUAAGCACUUGGGCAUGAACACAGGAGCAGAGGAAGCUGUCCUCUAAUGAAAUAAACACGUGUAGCUCAGUCUUUGCUCCAGUGGCUGGCAGAGGCCCUCCAGGGUUUCAGGCAGGGAGUCUCUCUCAGCCCUACUUUAAGAUCUUUGGGAGUGAAUCUGGGACCUUCUUCAUACUAAACAGAUGCUCUACCACUGGCAGUCAAGGAAGGCAUCCUGAGAAAAGGACUCACAUACCUUCUAAGUGGGUUUCGCAAAAGCCAAAGACAACUCACUCAGCACCAGAGAUGCUGACUUGGCCCAAGACUGAGGGAGCCCAGCUCCAUCAUGCACAUGACGUCACAUCGCCAGGAGGAGGCUGAGUGCAGAGCCCAGCAUGGCGCUGCUUCAAUGGCCAGCAGCUCCUCUCUCACAGGAGGAGCAGCCACAACAAGGCGAUCCCCUCCCAGCAGAUAUUAGGGGAGCGAAGACACCUUGGCCCCAUAGAGCUGGCACCCCUACUCAGCAAUGUAUUUGCAGGAAGAUUUCCUUUAGAUCUAAAAAUGGAAAAUUCCCUUGCAUGUUAAAUCUACUCUAUGUACAUAAUAAACACAAAUCCGCAAUAAUUCAAGACCAGACUAUACAAACCUCAAAUCACAAGGUAAAAUUGUUCCACCAGUCCUCAGAUAAGGGAGGGAAUUGCAAAUCAAAAACUGCUAAAAAUCCCACUUAGAACUCUUUCCCGUCCUCAGGAAAUGGGGUAAGAUGAGCCAGUCAGUUUUGAUGUCUCAGUUUCUCAUUUUUCCAUUGUUAAUUUCAGUUUACAACGUCAGGUUGCAUUAAAGAACAAAACAAAACCUAACAAACAUUUUGUAUGCAAUCAUGCUUAAUAUACACAUUUUGCAAGUAAAUUUCUAUAAUGUAUGUAUGUUUUCACUAACAUAACCAAGUCUACACACAGUUUCCCUAAAUGUAGACAGUUUUGUAUGCAUUUCCUGACAGGAGAAUGGUAUCACAAAAUUUGGAAGAGAGUGAAUUUUCAGGAAGAGCUGUGUCUCGGUUCAAAAUUUAGGUUGGACGGAUUAAAAUGUGAGUUCUUUUGUUUCUGAGGAACCAUUUGAUCCUGCAUUGCCUGACCAUCCACACUACCUGCAAACAUGGGCUUAGUUCUGUGCUAGGUUCAGCCUUAACUGAUCCUCUUUCCAUCAAGGUUAUACCUAAAAAGGGUGUGUGACCAGAGCCAAGCCAUAUCUUGUGCAGAAGCUUCCCUUCCCUUAGGUGGAACUACUGAGCUCCACAAGGGCUUGCAAUGCUUCAGCACUCUGAAGAUGCCCCAUCCCAGCGUCUCCCGUGUCUUGGAAGAGACCUUUUCUUAUAGUAAGAGAAGGGAGAACAAGUUACUUGGGCAAUAAAACCUAAUUUCUACUUGCUUCAACUGCUGCAUAGAUAGAAAUAGGUCAUACAAUCUACAAUGCAGGUUAUACGUUGCUUUAAGCAUGCUUUUUGUUGCUUAAGUGUCUGCAGCACUGUCCAUUAUCUUUUUCGAUAAAAAUAUGCGACCUCAAUCCAGAUUGGAAACACAAUGUGUGAUGUCUAAUCCUUUCCUCCCCACCUGUUUUCAUGCCACAAUUCACCCUGAGCUAUUAUUUGUCAAAAAUGAAAGCAGCCAAGGCUGUUUGGUUCUUAUAUAUAGGCAAAACACAGAAGCAAAUAAUUGAUCAGAAUGGGGCAUUUAUCAGCUGUAACCCAAAUGCUUUCCUAGGCAAGGCAGCUUUGUCACAUUGGUGCUACAGAGAUGUGAAACCAGUGUUCAAGGAGAACAUGCCAGUCUUUAGGAGCAUCACACUAGAUGCUGCUUUUUAUUUAUUUAUUUAAAAGAUGUAAAAUGUUUAAGGUGGCUACUAAAAGGAAAGAAACAGAAAUACAACAAAAACACCUAGCACAUCAUUAAAAUGAAAGCAACCACAAAGGACCACUUUGAAAAAUUUAAAACCAAUGUUUAAACGAAUCCACAAAAAAAGAAAGGCCUUCCUAGAGAGGAAGGUCUUAGCCCAGCGACAGAAGAUGGCCUCAUUGAGCAAGAAGGCACAGAGUUUGGGUGUGACCAUGAAAAAGGCUUUUGCCUUGGUCCUUGGGCCCAUCAGGACUUUGGGGCAAAGAGAAGGACCCAAAUAGGUGAUUCCAUAUUCAGCACAUGAGCACUUCUGAAAAGUCAUAGGAAAAUAUACUCAGGCAUAUGGUGUGGUUUUUUUACUGGGCGGACAAAACAAGUGCCAACUUGACAUUCAAAACAUUAAUAUAAAGCAACAAUUCAGAAUCGGUUUGAAGAGAAAGCAUUGUUUCCACAUUUUCAAGCACAAAUGCAUUUUUCUGUUGUCUGGCUUUGCACGUUUGGUGCAGGUCCAAACCUGGAAACCUGGAACGAGUCCAUGUUGGCCACGUGGUUCCCAGUUCUGUUUUAUAACUUCAUGCAGGACUCAGUGUUUUUCCUCCUUUUCCACUCCAAAUAAUCCUGGAUCAGCUGUUUGGAUGUCAGCUCUUGCUGACCCAGCCAAAAAAGAAAGGAGAAACCACAAUCCAAAUUUAAGUGCAACCAUUUCAGAAGCAAUUCUUAAGGGAUUUCUCCCUCUGUGUACACUUCUAUUUUUGUAGCUUGCUGGUCACCCACUUGGCUUUUGCUGGAGAUGAGGCCUCACGUGGUCAGUGAGAUCAUUAUCUUACUGCAUAUUGUGAGACAACGGUCGGACAAUGAGGGUUAUUUAAGUGCAGACACAGAGGCCAGACAAACGUAUCCUGUGUUUUGCAAAGCUUGCUAUUUCAGUGGUUUAUGUACAGAAGAUACACUUGGGCUGAAAAAGAAAAAUUGGUAACAUUAACAGCGUCAACUAGCAACAAAGGAAUAGUUUCUGAAGCUGUGCUCUUGACAUUGAGUGCUGGAGGCAAAUUAAACGAAUAAAUCCAAGCAGUGUCCACUGGGCAGUUCUCCUGCAAAGCCUCAAUGAAAGAGAGGUGGACACCAUUGCAAACAGAGGUGCCAGGCAUUUGUUUUGCCUUCUUUGGGCUGCAGGGGAAUGAAGUCCAGUCACCCAGCUACUAUGUAUUGUACGUGUGCAAUGACCAAAGCCAUGGUUCCCUCCCAGGCACUUGUACUGAGGGUUGAGAAAAGAGCAAGCUCCAGAUUAUCUCUUUAGCACUUCCUGUAGUGUUAGCAGCACUGAAGUUACCUCCCUGGGGUGCAAGCCUGUGUGUAGGGAGGUCCUGGGAUGCCCAAACAUCAGCCUUGCUGACGUGGUCCAGAGGAAAGCAGAGCAAGCUUGGCUGUAGGAGUUGCUGGGAGGCACUGUACAAAAUGCCAUCCAACCACCUUGGGGACUCCACUCCAGGUUUUACUCCUGAGCCUUUUCUUUGCCCAAAGACAUUCCACAAGGCAGCAGAGGUUUGGAUCAUAGUUUUCUUUCUCCUAGUUGGGCUACCUUCCUAGGUUGACGAGCCCCAUCUGCACCCACACAUAUUUUAGAAAAUAUGGCUUGAAACCAUGAAGAGAGAGUGCAGGGACAGCAGAACUCCAGUUUAUUCAGGGGAGAGCUACAUAUGUCAGCUUUUACAUACUCUUCUCACAAGUAGCUAAACCCAGGAAUAACUGACAUCUCCCCAGGGACAGCAUAAUAUGAGAAAACCCCUUAUGUCAUUGUUCUUCGGCCUGUGAGCAUUCUUGUAGGCUGGGGUUUUUCAGAGCAAGAUCUCCCUCAGAUGGUCCUUCAAGAGGAUCUUCAGUGCUGGUUCUUCUCGGAUGUGCAUGCUCCCCAAGGUCCACAGGCCGUGGGGUGUUGGGUUCAUCCUGUCUGUGUCCAAGACAGGGUCAGAGCUAGGCAUGAUACCAAGAGGCCAAUAUUUCUGAAUGGAAGACUCUACCUCCCCCUCCCCCACCCCCACAUUCCUGCUCACACCAGAACUUCCAGAGGAGCCUAGAACAUGGCAGAUCAAAUAAGUCCAAAAGACACAGACAAGCACAAUGGGACCCCCAAACAAUGUGAGAAAUAGAAUCAUACCAUAACAUUGUAAGGGACCUCAAGGGUCAUUCAGUCAGAGGCAUACCGAGGGUCCCUUGUGCCCUUGUACAAUGAGCUGUGUCAGUCCCUCCCAUGAAAAAUCACAUUACUGCAGAGAAGAGUGGGAAGCUUCUCCCACAUUUGAUCUCGCUGAGACAGCAGCUUUGUGUUCCCACAGACAUCAUACAUCAUACUGUCCAUAGUCUGAUAGGUGAUGUUUGCACCCCCUGCUUGAGCCUGCAUCCCUAGAAGGGUCCAGUUUUGCCUCUGUAUCUAGUCCGACCCCUUGCAAUGCAGGACUAUCAACUAAAGCAUUCAUGACAGAUGGCCACCCAACCUCUGAAAAUACAACAUGUUGCAGCAAUGAUACAUAGAAACAUAUCUACAUAUCUAGAAACAGUGGAAUUUGCUGCCAAGGAGUGUGGUGGAGUCUCCUUCUUUGGAGGUCUUUAAGCAGAGGUCUUUAAGCAGAGGCCUUUAAGCAGGUCUUUAAGUAGGUCUUCGGAGGUCUUUAAGCAGAGGCUUGACAACCAUAUGUCAGGAGUGCUCUGAUGGUGUUUCCUGCUUGGCAGGGGGUUGGACUCGAUGGCCCUUGUGGUCUCUUCCAACUCUAUGAUUCUAUGAUUCUAUGAUUCUAUGAUCUAAAAUGCAGCCAAAAAAGGUUGAAAAUACAAAAUUCCCAUAUGAAUCUGAAUCUAGAAAAAAUUAUUGUAGGGUUCUUAUUGAUGAGAUGUCUGGAAUGCAUAUUAUUUCACUGCUUUGUCAAAACCUAUUUAGAAUCAUAGAACGGUAGAGUUGGAGGGGACCCCAAGGGUCAUCUAGUCCAGCCCCCUGCAUUGCAGGAAUCUCAACUAAAGUAACCAUGGCAGAUGAUCAUCCAACUUCUGCUUAUAAAAAAGGAACUUCUCAGGGCUGGCAGCAGAACAGAACCCUCUGUUUUCUUGUGUGCGUCUGUCCCGAAAACAUAUUUGGUAGAAAUAAUCCUAAGUAACUUAGUCAGUAGGUUUCCCCCAGAUGAGGCUUAUUUUUUCCUGGAAGAUUCAACACCAACCCCCCAAAUUGGCAACCUGAGUCACUGAAGUCUGUGGCUCACCAUCCAGGCUCUCUAGUUUGCACUUAGCAGGCAUUUUUCAAAAUGAAACCCAGAGAACAGCGCAUCCAUCUUUCAAAAUUCACACUUCUAUAACUUUUGCAGUGCAGUUUUCCAGCCAAGUGAUGUUUACAAAAAUGUGUAUGUUGGUGAAAAUAACAUACCAAAAUGUGUUAUAGUAGGGGUGACUGCUUGCAAACCUGUAUGCAUUGUACAAAAUUGCAUGUAAUCAGGAGAAAUUCACACCCAGAUGCUGAUGCUGAAUAUGCAAUCAAUCAAUCAAUCAAUCAAUCAAUCUACAAUUUAUGUGUAUAUGUGGAGAGCUGAACCUGAAAAAAUGAGAAACUGAAAUCGAGAUUGACAGAUUCGCCCAUCCCAGCCUGCAGCCCGCUCUCAAGCGCUGAAAGGAUCCAUGUGCUCAGAUCUUCUUCUAGUCUUGCCUUCAGGCCUCUCUUCUCAGGAUUAAAUGGAGAGCAGGCCUUUUAGAGUCUUAACCACACCCUUUGAACACUCUGCUUCUACUUUCUGAUCUUUUUAAAAGGAAGAAAAGGUCCCUGAUAGUGAGCAGCACAUUUGCAAUGUUCCCCCAUUAGAACACCCCGCCCAUUCAAAGCUAGCAUGGAGGGAACAGAGCCAUGUCAGCCUUAUAUCACUAAGGCGUUUUGUGUUACAGAAGGUCUGGUCACCUGAUCUGUCUCACUGGCAGCCUGAAUUUCUAAAAACAUUUUAGCUGCUUGAUUUUGUUAAUUGCAUCACAUGGCCUUCUCAAGAAGUUUCAUACCACAAAGUCUUAGACAGGAAACAGUAGGUCAUUUUGUGUGUCAGAUCUCCACCGCUUGCCUCAUCUCUUGUGUACAGACAUUUCAGUAAGUACUGUGUGAUCUCUUGGGAAAAAGUUAACUUAUCAGAGAGCAAGACUCUUGCUCAAACUUUUUUUAAAAAAAUAAAUGUAAUUUCUUGCUUAAACUGGAGACUGUGGACUCUGUGUGGUCUGGCAAAGCCAAAACUGCACAGCCUAUCCCUGGCAUAUAAUAGCAGUUUCCAAACAUUCUUCCUGUACAAUUGCAUCCACAACAGCAGUCCUCCACUUCCAGUGACUUCAACAAGGGCUAUGCUACAGGCAGUUGGGUUCCAGGACUCAGAGGUCUGCCCAUCAAAGUGGCCCAGGAGGGCAUCUGGUCCAGCGUGGGAAGGGAGCAAGUUCCAGAGCAGCAGACAAUGAUCCAAGGGGCCAGAGACAGGCGGAUAGUCAAAGCCAAGCCCUUCUCAUGUUACUGAGCAGCCCACGGCUUCCUAACAUCUCUGGUAAUGUUAGAAAAGCUAGGCUACACAGGAAAAACUGGUGGUGUGUACUUCCUCAACAGGGUACUCAAACAACCAAAACAGAUUUUGGCUGAAGAAAUCAACCCUCAGCAGGAACAUAAAAUUCAGGGGCAUGUUUAGCUGGCUGAGGCAUAUAUAUAUAUAUAUAUAUAUAUAUAUAUAUAUAUAUAUAUCACUGAGUAAAUGGACCCCGUUAAUAGCUCUGGCCAUUAACCAUCUCCUUCCUGUUCCUUGUGAAGGGGCAGUUCAUCAUGGCAACUGUAGCACCACAUAACUGUAUUGGCAGCUUCUGGGAUACAGAGGCUCCGUUCAGGAAUAGCCUGUACUUCAUGGCAUAUAUCAAAACGCUGCAAGGUUUUCACAGUGCUUUUACAGAAAACAAAGUCUUCCUGCAGCAUUUACAUUUGAUUUCCCACUCAUUCCUCUAUUUACUUAAGUCCUAAUGAUAUGCUUGGGACUACACAUUUCUGGCCAUUUCCCAAGCUAUGUUUUUUUCCACAUAGCAGAGUUGCAAGGUCUAAUAAGGGAUGCAAAGGGGAGCAUCAACUGAAGCACUGCUAGGGAAGGUAUUUUCCAUGUCCUGCCCUGUGCUGUGCAGGGAAUCACAGCAGACCCCAGUUUUAUAAACCACCAAAUCUAGAGGGAUCAGGGUUGAUGUACAAUGGAGCUUAUGAGAAAUCCCUCUGGAGACAUCUUUAAAUAGUGCUUUUCAUGAUUUCUGAAAUAUUUCCUCUAUCUUCAUAAAGGUUCAACUAACCUUUUGGUUCUGAGGCCUGAGGAAGCAAGCUAGGGGACUAGAAAGAAUUGUGGGGAAUUGAUUAUACAAACUCAAUCAAUGUUGUUGUUGUUUAGUCGUUUAGUCGUGUCCGACUCUUGGUGACCCCAUGGACCAGAGCACGCCAGGCACUCCUGUCUUCCACUGCCUCCCGCAGUUUGGUCAAACUCAUGUUAGUAGCAAGUGAAUAUCAGUCUAACCAAUUAUUCUGCAACUGUUCAUGGUCCUCCAUUACAAUAGGGAUGGAGAACCUGUCAUCUUCCAGGUACUGUGAGCCUCCAACUCCCAUCAGUCCCAGCCAGCAUGGUCAAUGAUUAGGGAUGAUGGGAACUGUAGUUGAGCAACAUUUGGAGGGUUAGAGAUCUCCUUCCACUGUCUCAAAAUUGCUUGGUUGCUUCAGGUUUUAAUCAGUAAAUUAAUCAACUCAAUCUUUAGUUGAUUAAACAGGGCAUAUUUGAUUAAGGGUACACGUCAUUGUUUAUUAGCAUCUGUUUUACUUCUGGUUUGCUGCUGUCCCUAGAGAAAUAAAAAUGACUAUUAAGGGUGUCAUUUGCAUCUUAAAAUAAGUUGUAACUUAUGCUUAGAGAAAUGUUAACUCUCACUUUUAUUGCAAGAAGGAACCUAUAUUGGUAACAGUCACACUUAUAAUUGAUCAGUUAAAAGGCAGGUGAUAAACCAAGCAGUAAUUACUGAAUCAAGCAGGGGCUCUACUGAAAAUCCAAACUCUUUAAAAUAUGGCUUUCUGGAAUGCAGCUCACAUUCCUUACCAACAAAGACACUUGUAAAUGCAUGUGUACCCAGGGGUUACAAAGCCCAGCUUUUGAUUUCAGGAAGAAGCUUUUAUAAGGUGAAGGCGAUGAGUUUAUAAUGCCACCCAACAGUAAUUGCACUUUGUAAGCCUGAACACAAGUCUAGUGUUGAAAUAUCAGCCAAUGAAACAAUUUUUCAAAUACUUCAUUCAUGGUAGUUGUAUCCUGUAUUCUAAUUGCCUGGGGUUGCUGUAAACUGCUUAAUUGUGCCCACCCUUCUCUCCUGUGUUUCUAUAUUCAGUGGAAAAUCAAAGGGAGACCUCCUUUCCUCUCUACUUCCCACAUUAUAACAGUCAUGAACUCAUGGUAUCAGAUCACACCACCUGAGUGUUUGGGCAGAGUCGUAUGCGAAAUGUGGUCCCUGAGAUAUCCAAUGCUCAGACCAUUUAAAAUUUAAAAAAUCUGAACCAACACAUUGAAUUUGAACUGGAACCUACUGGGAGCCAGUGGUUUGGAAUGGCUGGUACACUGCAGGGCCAAGGAACUUUUCUCUUGAAGAAUUCCAGUAAUUUCCCAACAUCUAUGGCAAGAGUGGGGAGCAUUUUUUGGCCCAAGUGUUGCAUUCCCUCAUGGGGGAGACUUCCAGAGGGCCACGUGCAAGUGAUGGGCAGAGUCAGAACCACCAGCUGGUAGGACAGCGAACGUGACUUUAACUUUUGUAGAGUAGGUUACAUUCCAAUAAUGAAAUCAUGAAAAUGUCAGGUUCAUACACACUUCACUGUCCUUUAUAUUAACAGCUCCAUGACUCAUUGCAGCUAAUUAUGAAGCACUGGAGGAGAGUGUGGAGCUGGUCCAAUGUAGUCUGGGGAGGCGGUGCGGCUUAGAGACCAUCCUGAAGGCUGGGAGGGCAACAUUUGGUCUCUAAGCCUGAGAGUCCCUCUUUCUGAUCUGUAGGUCAGUUUUCUCAAAGAACAGCUGGCUAUGCCUUGUCUGUAUCAUUCUGCACUGCAAACGAGAGCUUGCAAUUGGAUGUUUCUCCACACCAAAAAUAAAACCCUGCACAGAAAACCAGUUGUCAGGAAGAAAGAAUUGUAGCCUACCCUUUUCACUGAUAAGGCACUUUUCUGUGUGCAAUAAUUAUUUAUUCCCUGCAAAUGGAAAGUUCAGUCACAUGCGCUAUGCCUGCAAUCUGCAAGGGAAUAAUCCAGAAACAGGUUUGCCAACUAACUCCUUUGCAUUUGUGAGAACUGGCAUCAACAGCUUAAUUUCAAGUCUGAAAGGAAUCUUCUUUGGUAUGGAGCUGUUGAGCAGCAGCUCUGGUGUGCUUUUGUCUUCCCCUGCAGCGUUCUGGUUGGCUCCGAGUCAUCCGUAUUGUUUUACUAAACAAUACGUAGCCUGUAGGCACUUCUGGCUUGGUGUACCCUGCUCAUCCCUGCUCUGCUUUUUGGUACAUUUACAACUGCUGAUCUGGAGGCAAAGCAAUCAGUGACAAGUCUGGGCAGUCUGAAAGCAAUUAACAGAUUGCUCAGACGAUGGAGCCAGGCCAAAGUCUGAGGCUUUAUAGGGCCCAAGGCUCCUGUGUGUCACCUGCUGAGGGAUGGAAUCAUAGUAUCAUAGAAUGGUAAAGUUGGAAGGGAACCCAAGGUUCAUCUAGUCCACCCCCUCCAGGAUGCAUCAGCCCAUUUCUGAUCCAUGACAUUCUCACGUCUGCUUUGUUCCAUUUUUGCAUUAAUUCAUGAAGGUUUUUUAAAUUAAAAAAAUCAGAAUUCAAUGUUAACUGUCAACUAUUUAGAUAUGUUUUUUAAUUGUCAGGGCUGUGGGCAGAGGUAUGCUAGCAAUGUGCUCAGAUUGACACCAGGCUGUUUUGAACAAAGCACCCUUGCCCCAUCAUUUCCCAUCUCCAGAGUUCCCCCAGUUGAGCUUUAAGUGUGCAUGGCAUGGGCUGUGCACUCUGUUGUAUGUGUGAGGUUCCCAUACUGAUAGUGGUGUGUUGUGACUGAGUCAUGGGUUCAACCAUAAUCUGUCAUAGUGGUAUGGGCAGGCUAGUCUUCCAUGCGGAGUAGCUGUUGAUUCUUCCCCUCCUCAACACAGCGUGGCCAGGGAGGAGGUCCACUGUCCACCCAUGACUCAGCCCUAGUUUUAGCCAUAACCAGUUGUGUGUGUGUGUGUGUGUGUGUGUGUGUGUGUGUGUUUGGGCAAAUAUUUCAUGGUGUGUCCGGCUUUCCACAAAAUCUUUCCACAAAAUCUUCAGUGAGUAGAUCUUGUACAGGAUCAUGUUCUGAAUUAUUCACAGUUCUUCACAAGGACAUGGAAUGACAGGUUUUUGGAACAAUCACCCCCCAAAAAACAACAACACUGAAUUAUUCAACAGAGGGACACCACUUGGUCAGGGCUAGAACCUUGGCUGCCAAUAUAUUGGAUUGUUUAUGAGCCUUAAUUUCUCCCAGAGAUAUAUACCUUCCCUCCUUCUUUCUCAGAACCUUACUUAAACUGAUCUUCUCCAAGCCUUAAAGCUUGCUAUGUGCCUAGGUUCACCGCAUUGAUAGUCAGCAGAAAGACUAAAAAUAUAACCAGACUGGAAACUAUAUAACCGUCAGCUCUGGGCAGUCCCCCAAGUUUUGGAAAUGAUAUUAUUUUUUUUAGAGUUUUAGAGUGUUGGGGGGGGGGGGUCAGCUCUGCUGUGUCUUGGAAUUUCCAAGGAAGCAACCCCACUUGGUUAACCCAGGUCAGAUAGGUUGAGGUCAUUUAUCUGGCUCAGGAAAAUUAAACUUCAGGAGUUACCCAAUAUGGAAACAUCAAAUUUUUUUUGGAAAUAAACUGAUGUCAAGAUGACUUUACUUCAUGAAUAUUUUGUAGUGAAGAGGGAGCCAGAAGAAAGAGAGAAAAUGAAUAAUUCAGACAGGGGAGUGAGGUUUCAUUUUUAUAUUUUUCACGGAAAAUGCAGAAGGUCUCUUCUAAGCCAUCUUUCCAACAUCAAGGUGGCACAGAUUUUUUUUUUAAAGCAUUGCCAAGACUGUGGUUAAAACUGAGUUCAGGCCAUGAUGACACAUAAGCUGGCAUUUGUAUGUGUUGGAGACUCUUUGAGCUUUUACAACUCUAAAGAGUUGAGGGGGGAAAUAAAUGAAAUCUGUAAAGGGAAUAAAUAACUUGCAGGGCUUAAAAUAGCUCUGUUUCCGGCUUGUUGGAAGAGGGGUGAGCUCUGGUUUUCUUUUGCGCAUUCUGGUAAGAAAGCACCUUUGAUACUGUUCAAAGCAGGGGCAGCAUAAUGCAUCAGCUGUCUCAUGGAUGGUUCCAAGUUUGGCUUGUUGGUCAGUUUGAAGUGCUUAUAUAAAACAGUGGAAGUGGAAAUACUUUCUCAGACCACGCCAAGAGUUAUUUAAGGAUGCUUUGUUUAAAAAUACUUCCUGGUUUACUCAGACCACAGUUCCACCCCAAUAAACCCUAUGUGAUUGGUCUAUCUUUGAAAAUCUCCUCCCUUUUGCCUUCUGUAGAAAUAAUAUUCUAGCUGUUCUUUUAGUGGUCAACAGAAUAAACCAAGACUGAUUGAUAAAUGCUUUUGGCAGUGCCUUGAUUCACGUGGUGUGGGAGCUUUGCCCACUUGUGAGGUGUGCAAUGGUUUGACUUUCCUCCUCAAAUAAGGAGAGACUCUACUAACAAGCCAAUUGUGCAGAUGGAUCCACAAGUGGAGUGCCUGAUACCAAAGAUGUGGGGCUUAUAACUGACUCCCCUGGAAAUGUUUUCAUUUACACCACCUCGUUUGCAAGGAUAACUUCAAGUUGUUGCAACUGCUGCCUGCUUCUCUCACAUCACACUCCCAACUCUGACCAGUUACUGGCUUGCACUGGCGGAGCCUUGCAGGCAUAAGGUUUACACCAGUGACAGUAUCCUGUCUGUGCAAGGAUCUGUUUGUUUAUUUAUUUGCAAAAAUGAAUAUGCCAUCCACUUUAUGAAAAACAUUUCUGUGAAUGACAUAAGAUCAGCAAUAAAACUACGCCCAUAAAAUAAACACAAAAUAUAUCACAAAUCAGGUGGACGUUACUUGGGAAAGGAUCAUCUCCUGCCCCUGGGAGAGCCUAGGCGAACGGCUGUGUUUUAAGCAGGUUUUAAGACGGCUUUGGUGCUUGCCUGAUGUCUUCCCAAAGAGCAUCCAAAAAGGCAGCCCCCGCUAUAUUACAGGCCCUGGUCCUAGUGAACAUAUGACAAACCUCAGGAGCAUUUGCCUGAGGACCUAAAGAACUGGAAAUAACUAGCGAAGGUAUUCUCAAAGGUAGCUGGUCCCAAGUUGCUUAGGCCUUUAUUUGCCAAUAGAUAACAAGCUACCACAGGAGAAGAUCUCUGUCCACCCAUCCGAAUCCCCAGCCGUUUCUCUCCUCUCUUCACAGUAGGAUUGAUACUGAUUGUAGAGAGGAUCAAGCAUUUGUGAAACAUCUGCAGUGACUGGCAGUCAACAGGGAAUACCGCCAUGCAGUGCUUGCCAAUGUUAACGUUCCUGUUCCAGCUUCAAAAUAUCUUUCUUUCUUUCUGAGAAGGCAUAACAAUAACAAAACAAAACAACAAUAGCAAUUUAUUAUUUGUACCCUGCCCAUCAAACAUUAAAAACUUCCUGAUACAAGGCUGCCUUCAGAUGUCUUAUAAAAGAUCUAUAGUAAUUUAUCUCCUUGUCAUCUGAUGGGAGUGUGUUCCACAGGGCGGGUGUCACUACCGAGAAGGCUCUGUGCAAUUUCCUUUGCAACAAACUGCUUGGAAGAGUCCUCAGGAACCCAAUAUAAAUACAACAUGUUGGUAUGAGUUUGUUCUUUAUGCUUUGUUUGUUCUUCUGGGCAGAAGUGAAACUGCCACGUGAUGUAUGCAAGAUUGUAAUUUUAACACAUUUUUAAAAAUAGUUUUUAUUAUGCAGGUUUUGUUUUAAUUAGAUACAUGCCUUCAAGGAUAUGCACUGAACUGAAAUGCAUUUGGUGAUGAGUAAUUAGCAAACAGAUAAGACCUAAAUUGUAAGUAGGCCCAUCUUGCUGCUCUGCUUCCAGUAUUUGUUGUCUCUAUGACAAGAAACUUAAGUUACACCAUAUAAUAUAAAACAAUACAAUACAUAAAAGUCUAAAAUCAGCUGGCACCUCAAGGCAGCCUCAAGGCAACUCAUGUGAAUGUUAGGUAGAAAACACUAUUUAUUAUUUGUUUUAUUUUAUAAAAUUUCUUUAUCUCUUGACUGUAAGAACCCGCCGCCGCCCCCCGCCGUGGACUACUACAACUCCCUCCAGCUACAGUAAUCUACUAGGAAUGCCCAGCUUUUUAUAUGUGUUAACUCAUCAGGUAGGGGGUCAUGUAAGCGAGCCGCCCCCCAAGUGUGAGUGAUGGAUGAGCGGUGACUCCUGUUUCUAUUAUAAUUUGUAUGUGCGACAGGGACUAGAAAGCAGCAUCCCUUUCCCUCAAUUAUCUGGGGAAUAUGCGAAAGCAUAAAUCCUCUCCAGAUUGGUUCAAUGUGUUCGGCCAGAUCCUCAGCUUUUGCCAAAUCUGAUAUGGUGCUGCCACAGAAGUGUGGCUUGCAAUAUCUUUACUGUGCUGCCUUGGCACACAGACACCAUUCUCUGGUAUCUCUGCUGUAAUCCAAAGCUCUUUAGUAACACAAUAGGGGGGAAGAAGCGCAGUUUGAGCAGGGAGGAAAUGCUUAUUAGGUUAGCUAAAGGUCUGCCAUUCCUCUCUUUGGUUGCCUUCAAAAUAUUGGAUAGAAAGCAAUUUUUUACUCCCCCUUUCAGAGUACUGGACAACAAGCAUGGCUUUGCAGUUGACAGGGGCAGCUAUUUUGCUGCAAAAGCGGGGGGGGGGGGGGAGAGCCUGUAGAAUUCAGGUUGCUGCAAGAAGACUUUGCCACAUUGCUACUUCCCUAAUAAAUAUGAGGCAACGAGUUCCUAUAAUCUCCAUUUCUCUUGAUUGCUUUAUUUCCUGCCAGGAACAGAAGAGCACUUUGUACAAUCUCACCUGCUCAAAAAACCGCAUCCCCACCCCUCAACCCCAGUUGAGAGUUUCCAUACAGGGUGUUGGUGCGGAGCAAAGUCUCAUCAUAAUUAAUACCCUACGGCAUGUUUGUUUCUGUGGUGUUUGUGCAAAGCUUUAGGUUUAGGCUAACUUUAUAGGCUGUUUUCCACAAGACACCAAAGGAUCUUGUAGCAAUUCUUAAGUGCAUGAUAAUAUCGCACCUGUGCACACCAAGCAUGUUCCGUUCCUGUUUCUAGGCUCAUUUACAUCUGCCAAUUAGAGUGCCUAGUAGAUACCAUGGUUUGAGCGCCCGCUAGACUAGGUGGGGCAGCUAGGGGGUCCCAGGGACAUGGCCAAUGAGAGCUCACUUGGCAUGGCCAAGUUGUCUCAGUUCUUUCCCCAUCUUCCUCCUUAGUAAAAAAGUAAUGGGCACUUUAACCUUUCACUUUCCUCAGUACUUAGCACAGAAGUGCCUUACCUUGCUUGAAAAGGGGGUCACUACUGUACAAUUUCUAAUGUGGGUUCAUGCUGCAAUAACUGUACAUUAUUCAAGAGUAAGCCCUACUGAAUUCCAAUAUGAGGAUUGCUCCCUCAUACAGUAUAUAUGUGCAGGAUUGAAGCCUGAACUGGUUGGUCUUAAAGGUGUCACACACGACUGUUAAAAACGGACCCUAUAAAUUUUGGACCUAUGGGAAAAUAUAGGUCUCCUCCACUUCAUUCAUUUCUACAUCUUUUGUCCAGAAUGUGGCAUAAAGUGCAGGGGGGUUAAGGAGACAAGGACUUGGGAGGCCAAGGUCAAAAUCAGCCGCAAAGCUCAGCUUGUGACUUUGUGCCAUUCAUGGUCUCUCAGCCUAACCUACUGCAUGUUGAUGGAGUGGCUAUAAAUGUAGCACUGAUAAUAUAGGAAAAUAUAUAGCAAAUAUAUUAAAAAUCAACAAUAUGAAUAUGAAUUGAAAGCUGUUGCAAUGCAAUGAUAAUGGUUAAGGGAAUUCCCCACCCCAGAUUACCAUUCCAGCUUCAGAAAUUACAUCUUCCUUGGCAGCACCAUUUACUAAUCAUGGUUGCUAUGAAAACACAAUCAACCUGAUACUUGCUUGGUGCAGUUGAUAACAUGAUCGGAAGCCCCCGCCACCUUUUGUUCUGGCUGAGAAAAUCCAGUGCUCCCUUUACAGUCUCUCACACUUGAGCUUGAGCUAAUGGAAAAGUUCAGGUGUAUCCAUUGCCCGGCUACAUGUGCACUGCAGACAGGGGGAAAGCAAAAUGCAGGACGUUUUGCAUUCUGCACAGGGUCAGAGAAGAAAUCAGUUCCCCUCACCCUGGCAGAAGGGAGCAGUGAUUUGACAGAAUGGAACAGCCUCACAUAACCACCUGAAAUGAACUUUGGAAGGCUUUCGCUGAAGGCAAUUUGACUUGAACCUUUCAAAGGGGCAAGGAGGGCGCAUUCUUAUGUUUGCAUUUUACCAACAAAUCAGAGGUAGCUCUGUCAGUCAAUUAGAAAAGCCAAAAUCAUAGCAAUACAGAGCCAUAUUCCCCAAAUGCCCUGCAUUCUUUUGUUUACUAUCCGGAAGCCUUCUGGGAACCUUAAAUAUUUGCUGACAACUUUGUGAUUCUGCAGUUGGCUUUAAUUAAACCUACUGCACUUCAUCUGCUGUUGGAUCACUGCCCUAUCUUGUCUGGUAAAGGCGAAUGUGACGUGCCCAUAGAUCUUCAUCACAUGCUGGAACAGAGUAUGAUUUUGCAGAAGGUCUAGUAAUGGUCCCUCAGCCACAAGGGGAAAGGGAUGAGCCAUUGCUGCUGCUGCUGUUGCUGUGAGUGCUGGAAGGAAGAGCGCUCCCUGCUGCAAGGCCCAUUUCCACCUGGCCCAGGGGGCAGGGCCCAGACUCACCUGGAACAGCUAAAAGAGGCUCCUGGGAGGCUGAAGGGACAUUGCUGCAACAACUCUUGGGUUGGGGAAACUGGCUAAAAUGUUUUAAACAGUUCUAAUUUUGGUUCCUCUGUUUUGUUUUUGUUGGGUUGGUGUUGGUUAAAUGUUUAGUUGGGGUUGGCGGUUAUUUUAAUUUGGGUAUAACUGUAAACUGUUAUUGUUAUUAUUGUUAGUGUUUUCUUUAUUGGUUUGCUUGUAUAAGGUAUUUUGUUUUUUAAUGUUUGAUGUUUUCUUGUGCUUUUAUUUAUGUUGUAAGCCGCCCAGAGUGGCUGGGGAAACGCAGCCAGAUGGGUGGGGUAUAAAUUUAAAAAUAAUUAUGAUUGGUCCUAGCAGUAAUGGCAAGCACUUCUGCUCCCUUGGAAGAAACAGGUGAUUCAAACAAGAAGGUCAAGUAAGAGUAGCCAAGCUGGUCUUACUAAUAUUUAUUUUUAUCUAUUCAUCUUAUGGGUAGGAGAAAACACUGGCAACUUGAUGGAUAUUCUUCUUUCCUACAUUAAAGCUUGUUGUACAUUCAGCUUCUGUGGUCUGAUUUGAUUAAAACUGUAGAGUGCUAGUUGAAUUAGGGAAAACAUGCCUGAUAUAAUUCAAGGGGCAAGUGGGACUGACAACCUCAUCACGCCUCCUCAUUCAUCUCCCUGUCAAAACCCAACGCAUGAACCGCAUGAAUUACUUCUUCUCCUGUGCAAAAAGCAGCUCAAUAGGAAAAGGCAAUCUGGCUAAGAAAGAAGAGAGCUAAACAAUGGAUGUUGAGGGAAAGCCGCUGCUGGAUGUGAUAUCAUGAGUUGCCGGGAAGCAAUGAGACAGGAACGAUACCCAGUGAAAUUUAAAAAAAGCAGGGUUAUGGUCUUCAUGGAACCCAUAAUGUAUUUCUUUUUUUAAAAAAUCCCCUCAUUCACCUGUGAGACUCUGAUAUGGGAUGUAAAAUAAGGUUGUUGUUUUUUAAACUUUAUUACUAAACUUUGGAAUUAAUAUCUUGGGAUCUAAUGGUAAAGUUUGGAUCGUGAAGCUGUACUGCUUUAGCAUGUGGUUCCUGAUGAGCUACCUUCUCCCCUAUGUACCUGCCCACUAAGAUCACCUACAGAGACCUUCUCUUGCUGUACCCAGACUUGAGAACUUCCGACCCAGGGAAGUAGCUGGAAUUUUGCCACUGUGCUGAGGCCCGCUUGUUAAGCAAGCUCAGAGGCUGAAUUCCUUACUUAUUACAAUUAUAUGCAGCCUUUCUGGUUUUAAAGUGCUUUUAAAGUGCUUAACAGCUUUUUAAAAGUGCUGUUUGUUUUUUAUUUUUGUAAGCUGCCUUGAAAUUCAGGAGAAAUGGCAGGGUCUAAAAUAAAUUUUUUUUGGUAGAAAGUGCUGAAUAAGUGUAACAACAACAACAACAACAACAACAACAACAGCUGAGUUUUUUGUAUGGGUUCCCUAAAGCAAUAUGACUACAUAGCACCAUAAUGUGCAUACAGUUGGAUGAGCAAAAUGGAGAAGUGUUGCUUCCUGUUGAGUAGAAACUUCUACUGAGAGCACGCAGGUGGGGGCUGUUGGGUAUCUGGGUGCACUUCUGCUGGCUCAGAGGGGUUUGCACUGGUUAAGACAAAGCAAGAGACCUCCAGCUUCCCAGGCUAUCCCUAUACUUUUAUCACUACGCUGACCUCCCUCCCCCUCUUUAAUGUUUAUUUAGACUGGUAAGUGUAAGGUUCCGUCCUCUUUACAACUUCCUGCUCCUCCUCUCACACUUUUUCUGGACCUUGAGGUGAGAGUUAGUCUUGGAUCUUUAUUUUGAGAGCAAAGGUGGGAAGCAUGGAUUCUUUGCUCCUCCAACUAGAUAGUUAGCUAGGACUAUAGAAUGCUUCCCUAUUGAGAAUGUAGAUCAGGGGUAGGUAACCUAAGGCCCGGGGGCCGGAUGCGGCCCAAUCAUCUUCUCAAUCUGGCCUGCGGAAAGUCCAGGAAUCAGCGUGUUUUUACAUGAGUAGAAUGUGUCCUUUUAUUUAAAAUGCAUCUCUGAGUUAUUUCUGGGGCAUAGGAAUUCGUUCAUUCCCCCCCCCAAAAAAAUAUAGUCCGGCCCCCCACAAGGUCUGGGGCCUACGGCUGAAAAAGGUUGCUGAGCCCUGAUGUAGUUCCAUUAGUAAACACAACCUUUCUUACUUACCUGACAGUAAGAGCUGUUCGACAGUGGAAUUUGCUGCCAAGGAGUGUGGUGGAGUCUCCUUCUUUGGAGGUCUUUAAGCAGAGGCUUGACAACCAUAUGUCAGGAGUGCUCUGAUGGUGUUUCCUGCUUGGCAGGGGGUUGGACUCGAUGGCCCUUGUGGUCUCUUCCAACUCUAUGAUUCUAUGAUACUUUAUACCAAGACUCAGUCUGAAUACUUUCCAGCCAAAGGUGUUUUCCAAGCAAGGAUUCAUUUAACUAAACUAACUUCUGCUGCUGCUGCUGCAUAUAAAGUCUGCAUUCUAAGCAGGCUGGGCAGCGUUCCUAUGCAGAAAACCCACAAACUCUCUCAGCGAUCCAGCGCCUCACCUUUGAAUUCCUCUUUCCAUUUCAGUUUGUCAGGAACCCACUUUCAUUAUUUUAGCCCCCAGUUUAUUGUUAUUUUAUUCAUUUCUGGAUUGAAGAGUUUUCCAUUUUCUUGAGCAUUUAAUAAAAUCUGAUUGUCUUGCUGCUGCUGCUGCUGCUACAAUGCUGGGAAAUGUGAAUAGGACUAGGCUGCAGCUUUUAUUUUGUUAUUAUUUUAAAAUGCUGUAAGCUGCCUGCCUCCAGAGUCUUUCAGGGUAGAAACAUUUGAAUAAAAUAAUAAUAAAACAAAUACGGCUAUUUCAUAGUCUCUCUCUCUCUCUCAACAGGCGAGAGGCCUUUUGAAUGCCGUUGGGAAGAUUGCAACAAAAAGUUUGCCCGUUCCGAUGAGCUGGCGCGACAUUUCCGCACUCACACUGGGGAGAAAAAGUUUGGCUGCCCUCUCUGUGAGAAGCGCUUCAUGCGCAGUGACCACUUGACGAAGCACGCCCGCCGCCACAGCAAUUUCCACCCCAGCAUGCUCAAGAGGAGGAGCGGCAGCAGCUCCCGGACAGGAUCGGUCAGUGACUAUAGCCGUUCAGACGCAUCUAGUCCCACCAUCAGUCCUUCAAGCUCCCCGUAGACCUGCCUGCACUGGACGCCAGCACUUUGCUCUUAUCAUUUUAUAGAUAUCAUUUUUGGAGUUUUAUUUGCCUUGCACAUUUUGCUUAUUCCCCCCCCCGUCUUUUUUUGUUUUUGUUUUUAUACAUCGUUUCUCCAGCAGAUUAUCUAUGGCACAAUGGAACUAACACUGAUAAGCCUCUUCUCCAUCUUCUGCCAGCAAUUUUUCUUCCUGGUCAAGAUUUUCAGUUAUUUUGUCAGCCAGCCUUCACUCUCCAGAGCCUUAAGAAGACGCUCCUGUUAAUUGUUUUUAAAUAUAUCUAUAUGUGUGUAUAUUUUUUAAAAAAUACCUUUGCUCAGGUGUCAAAGCAAAUUUUAUAAAAAAGAGGUUACAAAAGAGGAAUGCCUAAUUGAACUGGAUUGACUUUCCACCACUCCACAACCUCCUCUCAACUUUCUCAGGGAUAAGUAUUUAUGUAACACAGUAAGUACAAUGAAGACACACUCUCUGCAGCCUCAGCGGGCAAACAGAUCUGCACUCAAAAUGAGUGGGGCCGAGUUCUUCCACUCACUGAGGAGGAAACCAGCGCUGGACUUCGCACUCAAAUGGUUUGGUUUCACAUUUGCUAUAGAUAGGUUUGGGGAAUCAGGACCAUCUAUGGCAUGCCCCUGGAUGACUUCCUUAAAUCCCUCUCCCUGCCCCCACCCCGUC